AUCACUAGCAUGGAGCAAGGUCAAGCAGUGGCACAGCUGCUUGACAUGGAUAACGUUACAUCAGCCGUGAAGUGGUACCGCAUGUCAAAAACGUGGUUCAAUUGGUAAUGAAAAUGAGCACGUUUCAAGAAGUUAUUACCGUAUGUAUAACCGUGUAAGUUGUCGUCUAAAAUGCUAUAAAGGAAAAUUAUAGCAUUUCCUCGACAGGAGCUAACUAAGUUAAUUAGCAGCGUUACCGGGUAGAAAUGAGUUCCGCUCCAAACCACGGUACCGUUAACGUCACAGAGACAGGGUCCAGCAAACCCGUUUCUGCUGUGUCAAUAGCCGGACAUGUCCAGCAGGUCUUCAGCCAUGUAAAGAUAGAAAACCUGGUCGCAGGACUCAGUGGAGGAGUGGUGUCAACACUCGUGCUUCAUCCUCUGGAUCUGGUUAAAAUCAGGUUUGCAGUAAGUGAUGGAUUGGAAGUUAGACCUAAGUACAGUGGCAUACUGCACUGUAUGAAGAGUGUUUGGCAGCAGGAGGGACUCAGAGGACUCUACCAAGGAGUGACACCCAAUAUUUGGGGUGCUGGAGCAUCUUGGGGUCUCUACUUCUUUUUCUACAAUGCAUUCAAAGGGUACAUAAAGGAGGGCCGUCAAACUGAACUGAAUGCCACAGAGCACCUGGCGUGUGCAGCCGAAGCAGGCAUCCUGACGCUCACCCUAACCAACCCAAUCUGGGUGACCAAGACCCGGAUGGUGCUCCAGUACAACGCUGACCCAAGCGGUAAACAGUACAAGGGGAUGAUAGAUGCCCUGGUCACGAUCUACCGCCAUGAGGGAGUGCCAGGACUAUAUAAGGGUUUUGUUCCUGGUCUGUUUGGCACAUCUCACGGAGCGCUGCAGUUCAUGGCCUAUGAAGAGCUCAAGAGAGGCUACAACAAAUACAGGAAAGUGCCUUCAGAUGCGAAGCUGAGUGCAUUGGAAUAUAUCACAAUGGCAGCAUUAUCCAAAAUCUUUGCCGUGGCCACAACAUACCCAUAUCAGGUAGUGCGAGCUCGCCUGCAAGACCAGCACAAUACAUACAGUGGAGUCCUUGAUGUCAUCAGACGGACAUGGAGGAACGAAGGCGCCAUUGGUUUCUACAAAGGCAUCAUUCCCAACGUGAUUCGUGUCACUCCUGCCUGCUGCAUCACCUUUGUAGUUUAUGAGAAUUUUUCCCGUUACCUUCUGGGUCAAGAUCAAUGAGGCUUAAAGCUAUAGUGAUAUUAUAGCGAUAGUAUAGCUAUAGUGAGAAAGAAUCCAUGUGUCCAUUAAGGUCCAACAGCAAACAUUUACACAUCCACAUGAGCAUUGCGGUGUGUAGCGAUUUGAUGCGGUCAAAAACUAUUUGUGCUCCUCCGAUUAACAGCACCCCGUUACCUGUUGAAAGGUUCCUACCUAAAUAGACGUCACUCAAAAGUACACUAGUGACACAGUGGACAAUUUGUGUCCUACACCUAAAACAAAUGAAAAUGGCUCUUACAGCAUGGGCAGCUGCAGAGACUCACACGGACACUUUGGUGCCAUCCAGAGAGAAAUGCCUUAGACUGAAACUGAGCUCUCGGCGCUGAUUUUGAAUGAAGAAGUUUGAUUGAGAAAUGGAAUAAACCAUGGAUUUCCAGAUGCAUGACAAACACUUUGACUUCUGGGAUAGAGUAUGUUGCUCUACACGCCAAAGGACAUGCCGCUGUGAUGUUAGUCUUUUUAAUGAUGUGUACAGUAAGUCAGCCUUUUUUUAUUAGAGGUUGAUAAAUAUUUCAUCAUAGUCAUGUUUACAUUUGAUGUUUUCUUUGCAGCACAAAGGAACACAGGAUGAACUAUGAAAAGCUGAUCAUUAACAGCAAAUUGGACAUUUCGUGUGUGUGUGUGUGUGUGUGUGUGUGUGUGUGUGUGUG